AUGUUCGAGUCAAGCUUAAUUUUUGUGUGCUUGGUGCUGCCUGGUCUCAUCUGGACCCCUGUGUAUGGCGAGUACUACUCUUCCAUUGAUAAGAUGCAGCUAUUGGGGCAAGUGGAGGGGGAGCUGGUCUCUGCCACGGAUGACUAUUUGAUGAAGGGGCAAAAGCAGCUCGACAUGCUUCGCAGUUUUGUGAACCGCGUGAAGACUGAGCAUGCAAUAACCAGGCUGCAAUUGGAGCAGCAUGAGGAGUACUUGGAUCAGCCGCUGCAGGCGUUCCGUCUGAUCAAACGCCUGGUCGUAGAUUGGGCAGAAGUGAGCGAGCUGCUGGCUGCACACCAGGCCAAAGAUGAAUAUAGAACUACAGUGGACGAAAUGAUCAAAUACCCUGGCUUACCAAAUCAAGAGGAGCUUCAGGGUGCAGUCAAAGGAUUGGAGCGACUGCAACAUGUGUACAAUCUUACGGCCAACGAACUGGUCGAUCGAGUGUCUAAUAGCAUCCAAGCGGACAGUUCGUCACUCUGGAAGGACUGCUUUGAGAUAGGCGUGCAGCUCUAUGAAUUGGCCAAAUACCAAGGCGCCCUCGAGUGGCUGCAGUUGGCAUCCAGUUUGCUCGAAGACGUCGAUGGUGAGAAUGCCCGGCGAAUGGCCGCUGAGGUUUAUGAAUAUUUGGCCUUGACGUACAUUGCGCUGGGCCAAAAAGAACGAGCCGUGGAAGUAUUGAAAGAGUUGCUUUCUUGGUUUUCACCAACAACACCCCACCCGGCGCGCUAUAUACUCGACUCCUUAGAGUACAACAUGCCAAAGAGUCCCAAAGAAUCAACGGAAUCUGCGUUGUUUGCCAACUUCUCGCGGCUGUGCCAGGGCAAGCGACUACCAGAGCCAGAUUCCGGUAGUGAAUCGUUGCGCUGUUAUUUGGACUUUGACCGUCAUCCCCGAUUCAAGCUAUCGCCAUUGAAAGUGGAGCAAGUGCAUCUGAAUCCCGACAUAAAUAUGUACUAUGACGUGCUCAACGACGCACAAAUAAAUGCCGUCAUUGAACAGUCUGAUCAAUUUGACAGUUUUCGUUCCAUGGUAGUAGGGAACGUAGUGACGGACACUCGCGUUAGUCAACAAGUUUGGCAAAACUACACCAGCUAUAUCAUCAAGUCCUUGGCCAACAUAGUCGGUGCCAUUUCUGGCUUCGAUAUGCAAAAUGCCGAAGAAAUGCAGAUUGCCAAUUAUGGCAUUGGGGGUCAAUACGCAGCGCACUUUGAUUAUUUCUCAAAGCUGCCCGACCGUUACAUACUGGGCGGCGAUCGCAUCUCUACGAACAUGUUCUAUCUGUCGGACGUGCAGCAAGGCGGCUACACGGUGUUUCCCAAACUCAAUGUAUUUGUGAAGCCCGUGAAAGGCGCCUUGGUCAAUUGGUUUAAUCUACAUCGAUCCUUGGCACAGGAUAAUCGCAGUCUACAUGCUGGCUGCCCCGUUCUGGAGGGCUCCAAGCGCAUUGGCAACAUUUGGAUUCAUUCGGCUCAUCAGGAGUUCCGUCGUCCCUGCUCGCUAAAUUCGAAUGAAUAA